AAUCAGAAUACUUCAGUCAAGGUGUCAUGUGUCACAACCCACUGCGCUCCACAAUAGGGAAGUGAACUGCACUUCCUAUUUCCUCAGCGUUACUGCUGUCUACUGACUAAACCAGAAAUCGAGAGGAUGAGAAACGAAAGGAAUACGUUUGAUGCAGGGUUUAUAAAUGAAUAUGAGCAGUAAAUGACACAGAUUGUCCGGUUCGGAUCCAGUUCUGCGCGCGUAAUGGGAGCGUCGCGCGUGCGGGCGGCACUUUGAUAAAACAGCGACUUCUGUAGCCUAUAUAAGUUUUAUAUGUUGGUGGCUGAAGACGAUUCAAGAUGAAGAAACAGUUCAACCGCAUGAAACAGCUCGCCAACCAGACCGUUGGCAGAGCAGAGAAGACAGAAGUACUGAGUGACGACCUUCUUAUGAUUGAGCGGCGCCUUGAAAAUGUGCGAUUUGUCUCCCAUAAUGUGCACAAGAAGAUGGUCAUGUGUCUGCAGGGUAACGUGGGUUCAGAUGUAGACAAGAGACAUAAAAAGCUUCCUGUGACAGCCCUUUCACAAUCCAUGCUGGAUGGAGGAAGUCAGCUCGGAGACGAGUCCCUCAUCGGAAAGAUGAUGGAAGUCUGUGGAGAAGCUGAAAACAAACUGGCCUUGGAGCAGAGCCAACAUGAAGUUCAGCUGGAGAGAGAUAUUCUGGAGCCUCUCAACCAGCUGGCGGAGGUGGAUAUUCCUAACAUCCUGAAGCAGAGGAAACAUUUAGCCAAGCUUGUGUUGGAUUUUGAUUCUGCAAAAGCCAGGUAUCAGCAGGUCACAAAGGCAUUUCCGACAGCUGCAAAUGCUCAAGCAAUGGCUGCCAAAGUUGACACACUUAAGGAGGAGAUGGAUGAAGCUCAGAACAAAAUGGAAAUAUGCAAGGAUCAAGUGGCAGCAGAUAUGUACAACUUUUCGUCCAAGGAAGGAGAAUAUGCCUGCUAUUAUGUGUUGUUGUUAGAAGCUCAAGCUGAAUACCACAGAAGAGCUUUGGCGUCCAUCGAGAGCGUCCUGCCCACCAUACAGUCACAGCAAGAUAAAUGGACAGAGAAGCCAGCGUUUGGCACGGCUCUGGAAGAACAUCUGAAACGCACUAGCAGAGAGAUCGCUCUGCCCAUGGAGGCCUGCAUUAUGAUGCUACUGGAAACCGGCAUGCAAGAAGAGGGUUUGUUCCGUAUCGCUGCCGGAGCCUCUAAACUGAAGAAGUUAAAGGCGGCACUGGACUGUUCCACUUCCCAACUGGAGGAGUUUUACUCUGACCCUCAUGCUGUAGCCGGAGCCCUGAAAUCUUACCUGAGGGAGCUGCCUGAACCUCUGAUGACCUACCAGCUGUAUGAAGAGUGGAUCCAAGCCUCAAAUAUCUCUGAUCCUGAUAAGAGGCUUCAGGCGCUGUGGGUGGUGUGUGACAUGUUACCAAAAGCCAACAAGACCAACUUUAGGUACCUGGUGAAGUUUCUUGCAAAGCUUGCUCUGGAAAGUGACGUAAAUAAAAUGACAGCGAGCAACAUCGCCAUCGUACUGGGACCCAAUUUACUGUGGGCCAAGACAGAGGGAAGCCUGGCUGAGAUGGCGGCUACUACCUCCGUGCAUGUCGUGUCUAUAAUAGAACUGAUAAUCAACCAUGCUAGCUGGUUCUUCCCUGAAGAUGUGGACUUCAAUGUCUCAGGCAUGUUUGCUAUGCCUGGGUGCCCGGGGACCCCUGACUCAGAAGCCGGGACCAUAGACAGGAGGCGCCCAGGCAGCCAGGGGUCGCUCGAUUCUGACACACCCCGCAAAGACAGCCCUGCUAACAAACAGCCGGAAAUCGCCCCUCGUAGAGCUGGCACAGUAAAUAAAAAGCAGCAUUCCACGCCUACCUUCCAGCCCCCUCUGCCUCCCAUUGACGACGGGGGGGUUUUCGUGUUUGAGCCCUCCCCUCUGUCGCCCACUGGCGGGGGUCUGGAGGCUGGGCAGGCGGGAGCUGCGCUUCCUCAGACCCUUCAGCCUUUAGUUCAGCAGACUGCGGAGAACAGUAACAUCGCCCGAGAUCCUGCAUCCACACCCCCUGCCGUGAGGAACGGCCCGGGAGGUCUGAGUGGGACGCCCGCUCAGCUGAAUAUGGUGACCCCUACCUCAGGUCCUAAGGGCCCCAGUCCAUUCUUGGGCCGCAGAGGUACAAAGAAACAAGCCCCAGCACCUCCCAAACAGAGCGUAAAAGCUGCUCCUAAAUCCAGGCCCCCAGCCACCCUCCUCCUCAGCCUCCUCCCCAGAGCACAGAAGAAGCCGAACCGUCCCUUCCCAGAACGCCCACCCCUCCCGGUACACCUCCUCACGACGGCUCCCAGCUGCGCCCCAGGCCCACCCCUCGAGCACGACCCAAACCCAGCGGCCCGCCACCACCACAACCAUCUAGCGACGGCGCCAACGGUGUCUGUGUUUCUGGAUCCAAGAUUAUCUCAGAUGUGUGAUCUUCUGCCUGUGAGGUGUGGUUUGAGUGGCAGGCGAUGAUGAAGAUGGAGAUGUAGAGGAGAGAUCUUUGACGGGACCAGGGCUGGAUCUUGUCCCAGAGCUUGAGGAGGACGAAACCAC